GCUCCAUAAUCCAACAUGGCAGAAUGGCUUCUCGAUCUAGCGCAACAUCUGCCGACGCUUCGCAGGAGGAAUACUCCGAACUGGAGGAUGAAAUCUUCCUCCCUUACCUGGAAAAGGUGAGACCGAAUCCUCCCGGAGACCCAGGCCGCUCAGCCAGUGCCUCCGAGUGGGAGGAAUUACCGCUUGAAUCCGAACCAAAUCUCAAAACAGUCGACCAUAUUGACUCGACAUCAACUUCGCUUAAUAACGUGCUGAGAUCCAACCAUGUCAGCCGGGCGCAGGCUGCGGGGUUGGACGGCAGCGACUCCGAGCCGGUCCCGCACGCGCUCGAUGGAGUCGGGACCGGUGGGGUGAACACAAGGGUCCGGGUAAGCACCCUUUCCCUCGACAGCCGAGAAAGUGACAACAGCGAGUCUCCCAACAGCCCAACAAAGGGUGGACCAUUGCGUCGAGACUCCUCCAUUUUGGACGGUCUACUUUGUGAGAUUUACGACAGAUGUCAGUUGAACUCAAGAUAUAGCAUCGAUAGUGAUGGUUUCACAGAGUACUCAAGUAACUCAGAAGGAGCAUAUCUCAGUAGCAAGGGAGACAGUUUUCAGGAGUCGACUCGACUGCCGAAGGCACUUCUGAAUGCCAAAGGUAUCAGCGAGCUACAAGAUAUGGUGAAAGACUUACAGCACAGCGUGGCCGUGCUGUCAGGUCGGCUGAUCAAGCAGCUGAAGCGACGAGACCGCUACAUCGCCAAGCUCAACAAGAACCAGGACGUUUUGACCGCCGUGCUACAGGCGGUGUCGCAGAAGAGACGUGUGGACGCAAGGCUCAAAUUCAGCAUUGAACCACUGCCUGGAAAGAAGGCAUUUCGUCAGUGGUACGAUGCUCUGCGGGCAGUGGGCCGCCUCCCCAAGGGCCUCCCCCAGGAGUUCCGCAAAUCAGUCUGGCUCAGCCUGGCCAACCGCCACAUCAAGCACCUCAAGCUGGACUGGCCCAAGACUGUCAAGUUCACCUUCAACGACCGGAGCAACCCAGACGACGACACGUUGGGUGUCCAGAUCGUCAAGGAUUUGCAUCGUACAGGUUGCAGCGGGUUCUGCGGGCAGGACGCCGAGGAUGACAGGGUGGUCCUGAAACGGGUCCUGUUGGCCUACGCCCGCUGGAACAAAUCCGUCGGCUACUGCCAAGGCUUCAAUGUCCUGGCGGCAUUGAUCCUGGAGGUCAUGGAACGCGUGGAAGACGACGCGCUAAAGGUGAUGAUAUUCCUGAUUGACCAUGUUCUACCGGACAGCUAUUUUGCCAACAACUUGAGGGCGCUGUCCGUAGACAUGGCAGUGUUCCGGGAGCUGUUGCAUUUCAAGCUUCCCGAAUUGGCCCAGCACCUUGACAAGCUCCAGAAGACAACCAAUGAUGGUAGCUACGAGCCCCCGCUCACCAACGUCUUCACCAUGCAGUGGUUCCUGACCCUUUUUGCCACCUGUCUUCCCAAGCCACUGGUCCUACGGGUCUGGGACAGCAUCUUCCUGGAGGGCUCGGAGAUCCUGCUUCGCGUUGCCCUAGCCAUCUGGGCCAAGCUGGCCGACAAACUGAUAGAGGUUGAGUCUGCGGACGAGUUCUACAGCAUGAUGGGUCUCCUAGGCAACAAGAUGCUAAAAGGAGAGAUCAUUGAUGGAGACGAACUCAUCCAGACCAUAUACUCCCUUGCCCCGUUCCCCUUCCCUCACCUGAACGAGAUCAGGGAGAAAUACAUGUUCAGCAUCACCCCCUUUGCUCCGCUGGGCUCCCUCCCCGAGAAAUCGGAAGGCGGAGCCAAGGGGAGAGGAGGCAGAAGAGGAGGCGGUGAUGGAGGUAGCGACCACGGAGGGAGUAAGAAGGAAGGCGGGAAGAGCGACGAGGAAGGGGAGUUGGACGAGGACGAGAUCAUGUUGACGUGCUUCACCAGUCUGUUCCCGAUGCCGUCGUCGCCUUCCAAGGGCCGUCUGGAAGCAGGGGAGAAGGGCGAGCAGUCGGCAGCCAGCCCCAACGACAUAACCCGGAUCAGCCCAGGAGCCUACGGUGCCAGCUCCAGCGAAGACGCUGUGGGCCAGAAGCUGUCCACGGCCAUGCUGGAGCGGAUGAACAUGGACAUCUACGCCCUCAAGAAGCAGUACUGGCGCAUCCAGCGGCGGCAGCAGCAGGCCCACGUCAUCUACAGUGCCGGAAACAAGGAGGAGGAAAGAAGCCGAAGACACAAAGAGCCCAGGAAGAACUUCUCCACCAGCUUGGACUCACCGUCUGCCAUAAACCAUCUCCUCAUUGGAAAACACGGUUUGGGUAAAAAGACUCGCAAGGUCGCAGAGGGCGUUCCCACAAAGAUUGCCAGCUCCAACACUCAGUCCCCAAGCAGAGUGGGUGGACGUGGAGAUGCCUGCAUUUCGGCAGCAGCAGCCAGCGACAAGGUCCCGGCGAGGAUGGAGGAAGCCCAACCAGCCCAAACGGAGACCGAGGCACAGGAGCCCGUCGGAUCCGAGAAUGAGAAUGAGUCGGAAGAUGAGGGAGACUUGAAGAACUGGGAAGAUGGAGAUGAGGAGGAGAACGAAGAAUCGCAUGCAGUCAAAGGAUCCAUCGAACCACCAGUUGGUUUGCUCAUUGACUUCGGAAGUCCAGAGCAUAAAAGCAGAGCGGGUAAUAGCAGUGUUGUUGAAGGCUCCUGUAAUGGUGCACUGGACGAUACUACGGAUGCUGUUGGACAUGCUGAGCAGAAUGGCUCCGCAUCAUCAGGAAACAACUCUGUAGCAGAUGUAAGGCAGUCGACAGUGGGCGCAGAACGUAGGAAAAGUACCGAUUUGAACUUGUCGCAGUCGAGACCAGCCACCCAGACCACAGAGACGGCCAAAGUGAGUCCACUCGUCCAGCAGCACCGGUUCAACUUUGCCGUAGAGGCCUACAGGCCUGUGGAGGUUGGUUCCAGCACUGUGGAGGGGGCAGGGAACCCCAAGAUGUACGGCCAGUCCAAUGCCUACCGGCCCUGGCUCCACAGUGCUGCCACCAGCUCAGACUCUGACUCGGACUCGCUCGAUGACAACAAUGAAGAGGACGACAGGGGACCAUCCCACAGCAGCGGGGUCACCCCGAGCAAGACCGCCCAUUACCCUGCUUACAAUCCCUUCCCCGCCCGCCGUCUGCAGAGCGAGAGGGACCGAACGCGGACUCGGCUCAAAGUGGGCCUGUACAAGACGGGAGACCGGGGACAAGAGAAUGGACUCGGUGGCCGUUGCAUCAACCAGCAGCUGGGAGCUAACUCCCGGAGUGUGAAAACGGGAGGCAGAUUCUGAGGAAGGGUAAAUCCGUUUGCUCUGAAUAUCAUUGAUAAAACUCUUGCAAAGUUGAACCGAAGAACUUGUUUGUCCAAAGCCCAUGUCACAAAUAGCCCACUAUCAUAACUGGAAGUGUGCUGGACCGAUACUCAAGCAAAGAAGCUCACACCAGGAUGUGGAUACAGAAGAGAAAAAAAUUCUGUCUUUGCGGUUGUUCAUAGCAACCUUUCAUUCAACCAUACAAGUUACAGACUCCAUUCAGUGAUAACAAAUUUCUGUACGUCUCAAAUUCUUAAAGAUGUGUAAGACCUUCUUGUAUUCUACCAUGAAGACUUCCAGUACUUCAAGCACCGCUCAGGAUUACAUGAAAUGCAAAAGGAGUUUCAUUUUCUUUUGGGUGAAAAAGGAAACUCAUUUUUGAAUUGAAUUCAGUUCAGUACUUACAUAUUUACAGUGUUACGACACGAGCAUCUUGCAUGAGUCUAUUUAGCUUAAAGAUUUGAUGUUUGGCCCUAUGUAGAUGUCAGUCAUCCUCAGUGGGAACUUUCAGAACGAGCAAAAGGGUGCCCUCGCUGACCCGCAUGAUCUGACGCACUUCCGCCAUUUUCAAAGGCAAACACUGUGGUACCGUGCUCAGUAUUUGCCUAGUAGGCAGAACCUUCAAAGAUUUAUCAAGGGUCCAAAAAGGGGGGCAAAAUGUGGAGCCAGCACCCAGCACUGGAUUGGAAUACCAACAGUUGUAACAUGGCGUGAGCGGUGAUCUCUAUGCCAUGCGAUAAAGAAUUUCUGGAUAUAUUACAGGAUAAUGAGCGCUACUGUCCAGUUCACAAUGGGAGGCGAAUGAAUUCUUGUCAUACGCCUGCCUGAGGCAAGAAUGGUGCCUAAUCUUGGGGGAAACUGUGUGGUCAGUCACGCGGUGCUUGGAGGCCUUCUGAUUAUCCCGUAAUUUCAACCAAACAUUGGCAUGUAUUCAAGAUUUUGAUUUCGCACUCUGGUUACAAAUGAACAAAUGGAGAGCCACAAAAGCUUACUUUCAAGUUAGAUUUGGCCGGGUUGGUGCAUAUUCCGGAUUGUUGGUCUUAUCUUCUUAUAAUUACCGAACAAGAACAAAACUAUGCUUAGCCAAAACAGACCACCAACUAAGUUGGCAUGCCAUACGUAUGAGCGAUAGAUCCAGUUACAUGUAGCCCCCACCCAUCGCGCACACGGGCAGUUGACCCAUGCAUCUCGCUAGUGCCACAUUACAUGAUUGAGCUACAUGCAUCAUGAGUGCAUGCACGCACGCACGCACGCGCGUUGGACCUUUUAUAUGCUUGUAUGUCACACCGCUUGCAUGUUGGACAUUACCAAUAGGUGAUUGGUCGAUAGACCAAGGGAUAGGGCUGAAAAGAUCAGUCUGCUGUCAGGCGACAUCUCAUGGGAGCAUUUCUUUCACCCCUGGGCAGUUGUAUUUCUCUGUUGUAUUACAUAUUGUUACACUAUAUAACAUAUGUAUUCAUUCGUGAUUAGUGCAUAAAAUUACACACUGCAGAGGUAGUCAGGGGCAGUUGGGAGUAACAGGCUGGAUGGUUCUCAGCGGGAUGGGAACAAGUUAGGUAAUAAAACUGAUUUCAGUUCCCAGAUACAGUUGGGACAUUGAUUUCCCUUAGCACAUGACAGGUAAUGUUUUACUUAGCUACAUGUAAUAUAAGACAUAUGACAUGACAUAUAAAAACUACUACCCUGAUAUAUGAAAUAGAUUUGAUUGUCUAAUGCAUUGCAAGCGAGCACAGGCCAAUUUGUGUAUAUAUUGUUGGGAACAUAUAUGUAUAUUGUAUAUCAGAAUGAAACAUUUGAAAUGAAUUUUGGAUGAUCUGAACUUGAAACAAAGUGCAAUGCCCCCAAAAUUAUUAUUCAUAUAUCCAUGUUGAGUGCAUUGAAAGAAGACACAAAUUCCAAACACUGAAGUAACCGAUUGGGUUUUGAUUUUUUACUCAAUGUAUCUGUAGUACAAAGGUCUGUGCAAAAGCGAAGCAUUUUUUAAUUGCUGGUCAAAAUGCAGAAAUUGAAAAAAAUUGAAUGAUCCACGAUACCCCACAAGUUCUGAUAAAGAAAAAACCUACCUUGGGGGAAUAGUUCAGAUAAAUUGUUGUUAGCUGCCUGAGGUAUUACUUCCAAUGCCUUGUAAAAUUGUAUUCUCCCAAAUUCUGGGCAUUUAAGGCUUUGCUAGGCUAGGAUAGCUUUAUUUAUUCUUUUCUCUUUCAAAAACAACAAACAUUUGUCAAAGUGAACUCGUUAUUCAAAUUUGGUGUUUUCUAAGCAAUAGAGUUGAAGUUACUAAGCUAAAGCCCAUAGUAUUUAUGUAGAAAGCAUGCCAAGAUACUCCCACUGGUUUCAGUGCUAUAGGUAUUUUGCUUUAGAAAUUUUAUUUGCAGAGUGGAUUUUUCCUUAUUUUAUCUUCAGAGUUCCGUCAAUUUGUUUUUGUAGAAAUUCAUGUGCAAUGACCAGAUCUAUAUUUAGUUAUUUCAUUAAGACUGUGUUAGACUAUGACUAUGUUAGUGGUUGCUUUUAAAAAAUUUUUCAUUCACUUUUAAGUUUUUAUUGUGACAAUUGUUUCCAGUGCUGCUGUUACAUCUUCUGGGAGGUUUGCUUUGAAUUAGUUCGCAUGCACCAUGUCCCAAAGGAGGGACCCCAUAUUUUAGAUUGAAACUACUUUUUGGGUCAAAUUGUUCCCCUUCAUGUGCACAGGGGCCCAUUCACACAGACCAGCAGUUUCUAAAUGGGUGACUUACAACAGAGGCAGAACGAUUUUCAAAAUGGGGGGGGGGGCAGUUGUGAGACUGUCAGCCAUUAGCCAUACAUAGAUCAAUCCAUUAAUCCCCACUCCCAUUAUAGGACCUGCCAAAAUUAGGGGCCACCCCAACCCCCCAAAUGGGGGGGGGCACUGCACUGGCUUCCCUGGCCCAUUGCUUCUCCUACCAAUGGUGACUUAAAGCAGUAUGCCACACAGAAUUGUACAUUUACCCACAAAGUGGGAAUCUGUUUCACAUGUAAACUAUUAUUACGUAGGACUUUUAAUAACAGUCGUAACCGGCAGGAAGGCUUAAAGCCAGAGAACAUAGUCUCAGUGUGGUAUCUGUCCCCUCUCUGUGAAGAGUCUCAUAGAAAACCAUAGUGUUCAAUUAUUAUCAACUCCACAGAAUUCCAUGACUGCUUAUCUGUUUCAAUAGACCCUCGUACUUCUGGUAAAUUGCUCAAAGAUGUUAGUGACAGCUUAAUCAAAAGCCUUGCUUUGUUGUCAUUUUUUUCCCUUUUUUUGAGAUUUGUUCCGAGUUUGCCUUGAAGAAGAAAUAAUUUAAAGUAUUCAUUGUAAAAAUAUUUAA